AACGCGACGGCCGCAUCCGCAAGCGGAAACGAUGGCGAAGACGAUGGCGGCGGCGGUGGUACAGGCGGCGGCAGUAUCGUUGACGGUGGUGAGGGCGUAACGCCGUCACCGUCACUGAUGGACCGAGUGUCGGGCGUAGUGGACAGCGUCAAGAUGCAGGCGUCCGAGACGCUUGACGGGGCGGGAGCCGCGGCCGGGAACGCGGCGUCCGUGCUCAGUCGGCUCCAGCCGAGCGUGACCAAGCCGAUGUCGGAAAUCGGCAGCGGCGGCGGCGGCGGUAUGCGCAUUACUGAGAAGAAACUGCCAUCAGGCGACAACGCACUGGGGCGGCUGCAGGAGACUAAGGGGCGCACCGUGGCCGCGGCCAAGAAGGUGAUGGACGAGACCAUACACAAGCUGCAGUCGACCGUGAGUGACAUACGGCGCACGAUCAGCGGCGAUGACCGGGACGACGUCGGCGGUGACCGGAGGAUCAGCAACGCGAUGGACAGCCUGCUCCGGGCCGUCGGCACGGAGGGCAAGGCGAUGUUUGAAUACGCGUCCGACGUCAUCAACGAGACGGCCGACCGUGCCAAGGCGGCUGUCGACAAGGCCCAGCAACAACAAAAGCCGGUGCGACGGCCGAACCAAUAAUGAUCAUAAAAAUAUUAUCAUAUUAAUUAUUUCGCGUUACAUGACACUGUUUGCGAGUAUACGUCAUAAUACCAUAAAAAUUAUUUUAUACCAAUAAGACAUUGUCCGUUUACUAAUAAUUGUACGUUUAGUAAUUAAUCAUUAUUAAUAAUAAUUUACUGUUUUGCAUAUAUUUGUAUAAUAUAUUUGUAUAUUAUUUCUA